GGGGAGCAUCGCCCCGGGCACUCAGCACGCCGGGGGUGGAAGUGGCGGUGGGGCUCCGGGAUGUGCAGGGCAUCCCUGCCCCGGCAGCCGGAGCCGCGGCGGGGAAGCUGGCUGGCUCCGCCGUCACCCCGUGGGUGCCGGAGGGGUCGGUGGCACUCGAGCUUCUGCCUGUUGCUCCUGGUUCCUCUCUCCCUGCUGGAUUCGAGAACUCUCCAGUCCCAGUGAUUGUCUCCCAUGAAGAUGCUUCCACAUGGCCAUCAGGCAGCGGUGGCACCAUGCAGCAGGAGGCGGAGGGCGGCCGGCUGCGCCGCAGGAAGCCCGACAUGGCCCUCUAUGUGCCCAAAGCACGGCGGGAGAGAGAAGCGCAAGCAGUGGGUGACACACUGGCCGGGCACCGCCGGGAGCCUGAAAACCACUGCCUGGUGCAGGACACUUGCCCACGUGGUGGCGUGGGGCAGAGGCGAAGUCCCCGUGCCAGGACACAGGCAGGCAGAGUGGAAAGGAGGGAGACCAAGGUGGAUGCAAACCCAAAGGAGCCACGGACAUUCUCUGCCAGACACUGCUGGAGGCCAGCAGUCAACUGCCCCACCGUGCCGGGGAGCCUGGGAGCAUCAUCCAGCAUGCAGGAGCCAUGUCCAGAUCUGACUGUUGCCCAGCCCUGGCAUGGGCAGGACAAAGUAUCCCAUGAUCAAGGACUUGGGAAGCUCAGCCACAGCUGCCAGAUGAUGGGAACUGAGCCUGACCCUCCAUCCCUACUGAGUGCCCAGCCUGGGGCCAUGGAGGCCCCAGAGCCCACGGGUGACGCUACAAGCCCAGUGCCCCCCAGUAGCCCAACACUGGCAUGUCGGACACAGCUGAGUGAUGUGUUGGAGCAUUUGGGGAGCAACAACCCAGAUCCAGCUAGGGAGCUCUCCCAGAGCCCAGGAGAGGGUGUUCUGCUGCUGGCAGGGGUAGAUGACCAGGGUAGGGUUCCUGGGUUGGUGUGGGAAGCUGCAAGUCCAAAAACCUGGGAAGAAAAGAGGGAGUGUGGGGGUUCCUUCCUGGCAGAGCAGAGUGAGGGCUGUGCUGCUGGAGUGCCAGAGGAGGAGGAGAAGUCGAGAGGCAUGGCUGAAAUUGCUGCGGAGAGCACCUUGGAUGCCCCAGGAGGAGCCAGCUGUGAGUCUGGGUGCUUGAGAGGUGGCAUGGGUGAUGCACCAGUGCUCCCAGGGGACAGUACCCCAGGGCUGGGCAUGAGCAGCCUGUCCCAGCUGCUACCCAGCAAGGAAGAGAGCACUGCCAGUGCUGGGCAUCUCUGUGGGGAGAAUGUCCCGGUGUCUGCUGUCUGGGGGGCGGACAGCACCUCUGCCUGCAUAGAUGGCAGCACCGGGUAUGAGAGCAGCUCACUGGGUGAUGGUGAGGAGCCAGUGAGCAGCACCUGGGAGGGAGCAUCCCUGGAGAGCCAUAAGCCUCUGCUACCCCUGGAGCUGCUGUGCCGUGAUGUAGAGGGGCUCUUGACAGACACCUGGGCCAAGGAGCUGGUGGGGGUGGACGAGGACAGAGGCUCACUGCAGCAGCACCAGUGCAACCAGGAGGCUGAGGAGGAAGAGGGAGGUCUUCACAGUGGCUCCCCAAAGGCGGAGCAGACCAGUGCCGGGACCCUGAGCCAGACCAGCCCUGGCACCGAGGAGAGCUGGGACUCGAUGUUCAACGAUGAUGGGGACUGCCUGGACCCACGCCUGCUGGAGGAGCUCUCAGGGGGCCAGAAGCUCCAGGAGAGCCAGCAGUCACCCUGUUUCAACUACUACGGGGCCGAGCCUGCCCCACCAGACCUCAGCGAUGCCGAGCUGCCCCACGUCAUCGAGAUCUAUGAUUUCCCCUCGGAUUUCCGCACCGAGGACCUGAUGCGUGUCUUCUGUAGCUAUCAGAAAAAAGGCUUUGAUAUUAAGUGGGUGGAUGAUACACAUGCCCUGGGCAUCUUCUCCAGCCCCAUAGCAGCAUGUGAUGCCCUCAGCACCAAGCACCUGAUGGUGAAGACUCGCCCACUCUCCCAGGGCACCCGUGCCUCUAAAGCCAAAGCCAGGGCAUAUGCUGACUACCUGCAGCCGGCCAAGGAGCGCCCUGAGACAUCAGCUGCUUUGGCCAGGCGGCUGGUGAUCGGCGCCCUGGGGGUACGCAGCAACCAGACGCCAGCCCAGAGAGACGCCGAGCGGAGGAAGCUGCAAGAAGCCCGGGAGAGGAAGCGCCUGGAGAACAAGCAGCGGGAGGAUGCCUGGGAGGGUCGCGAGUGAGUUGGGAGUCUGCACUUCACCCCUGCUGGGGUUGCCUGGGCCCCUCUCUGCCAACAAGCACCCUGCAUCUUGGAUCAGACACAGAUGCUGUGCUGCAUCCCGAAGUACUGGGUUGCUCCACUGAAGGGGCUGAGCAGGGUGCAGUCAGGCUGGUAGGUGCCAUGCAGAUGCUGUUGCCAUGGGGCAUUGCUGCCCGCGCUGACCAGGGCAGGAGCCCCUGUGCUUCCUGCUGCAGCGGGAGCAGCUGGUGGAAUGCAGGGAGCUCAGCAGCGAGCAUGUGGGGCUGUGUGGUGUGGCCCUGGCCACCUGGCACGGCCUUGUGAUUGAGAGUUUCUGUCCUUUAUUUUGCUAAUAAAUACCAUUUAUUUUAUUUGCCUA